AACCAGCGGGCGAGAAGCAAUAACAAACAAACCUAUCAGCAAGCUAACGCAACUUUUGGAAACCGAAGUCGUAGGCAAAGUGUUUUUCUUUUUCGGCGGGUAAACUUCUUAUUGAUUUAUCAUCCACUAGCCGUAUAUGAUACGAGGAACAAGAACGUCAAAGAAGGCAUCUAUUAAUCUGUCACGUAGCUGCUAUCUUACAUCUGCUAACGCUAGCUAAACGUUAGCAAACGUUAAUCCUUCAUGUCUUAGUCGAAAUAUCGGAUUGUCGAGAAAGUAGCUAAAUGUUAUAAAUAGAAACAACUCUAAUCGUUUUUACAUGACGUGAAAAACCCAAAGUGAGACAACUGUGAUCAUAUCAACCUUCACGGUGCCGAUAUUAGCAGGAUACGAAGUGUUGUACAACUGUAAGCGAUCAAGGAUGGCUCGGCUCAGUGUGCGCUGUGUGGGAGCUCGACUGAGUGUCCUCAUAGUGGUUUUCUGCAGCGUACUGCUUCCUUCACCCACACAUGCCUAUAUCUAUGCUCAUUACAGCAAUAUGACCUCCAUGUUGUUUGAGGACCUGCCUGCCUUGUUUGGCAACCCACUUCCUAAGGAUGGACUAAUGGGAGUUUUGGUGGUGUCCCGUCCACUAAAUGGAUGUUUGCCAAUAGACCCUCCUCCCUCUUUGCCACCAUCUUUUGAUGCUAACACGACCAAGUUCAUCGCUCUCAUCAGACGCUAUGAUUGCAAUUUUGAUAUAAAGGUCUUGCAUGCUCAGCAAGCUGGAUUCGAUGCUGCAAUUGUUCACAACAUGUACUCAGAGACGUUGCUCAAUAUGAACUACAGCAAUGGCACUAUUGCAGAGGAAAUUCACAUCCCUUCUGUAUUCACCAGCUACUACGCCUCCCAAAUUCUCAGGAAUUUCAUUAUUCCAGAACAAGGGGCCUAUGUGAUCCUCAAGCCGGAGUUUGCGUUCCCACUCUCGUACUACCUUAUUCCCUUCACUGGAGUCGUUGGCAUGAUCAUUCUUGUGAUGUGUGUCGUCUUGAUUAUACGAUGUGUGCAGUACAGGAAAAGGCUGAGGAAAAAUCGUUUGUCUAAGGAACAACUGAAGCGGAUUCCAACCCACAGGUUCACUAAAGGGGAUGACUAUGAUUGUUGUGCAAUUUGCCUGGAUGACUAUGAAGAAGGAGACAAGCUGCGAGUUCUACCUUGUUCGCAUGCGUACCACUGCAAGUGUGUGGACCCCUGGCUCACACAAACCAAGAAGACGUGUCCCGUCUGUAAACAGCGUGUCACCCGGAACAACCAGGAGCACUCGGAGUCCGAGUCCGAGGAGGAAACUGGAGGACGUGGGGAGGAGGAAGGAACGGAGGGUGAAGCUGACUCGGAGCGCACUCCUCUGCUCCGCCCCUCUAACCCGGGGUCGCCCUCAGGAAGCCCAGCGGCCUACUCAGCCACCACCACCACCACCACCGCCCAGUGCCUCGCCUCCCCCGCACAUCUCGACUCACCCAUCCUGGGUUACGAAGGCUACCACUCCCCGCUGGAGGACACGGACUCAGAAAGUGAUGACGCAGGCGAGGACAGACACCACACUGAUGACGACACCGCUCAGCUCAUUGGUAGGGACAGAGUUGACGUCUGAUAGCUGCUUACUUUGUUUUACCUUAAAGGGGUCUUUUCAUCAGUUCUGCUAUCACACUGUACUUAAAAAUAGUUUGCAGAGUAAUGGUCGGCGUUUAUUAUAACAGAAUAUUUUCCACAGUAACCAGAGGAGGUCUACUUCUUAGUGUCAAAGCACAUGCAGCACAUGCAGCAACAUCAAAGCACAUGCAUUUUACCCAAAAUGCAGCAUUGAUCAUCAACCCGAGACUACACAUACAUUCACUCCAGAACCCCUGUAUUUGUUGUAGACCUCCUUUUUUUAGUGCAUGUUUUAAUUCAUGCCACCUGACCUAACCACUAGUGCUGCACAGAAAGAACAAGAACCUAAAUCUCAUGUGCUGUAGAAACAAGAGUGUGAACCCUCUGUGCUCACACUAACAGUGCAUCUUGUACGUAAGGUGUAGUGCAGUUUAAAUACUUUCUCUUGUCUUAAUCAUAAUUGUUUUAUAUCUGACAUCCUGUUUUUACCUGCUCUGCAUCUUUUCAUCAUCUAAGAAGGAUGUGUAGUGCAUGUGGAGUGGAUAUGUUGGUCUUCAUUUUAUCUUUCAACCCCCAUAGCUCUCUUUUUUUAAAGCUAUAUUUCAGUUCUUUGAAAUGUCAGAUUUUCUCAAAUCCCCCAGGAAAGUAUACCAUCAUAGAUUAUUGCAAAGAUGUUAUACAUUUCUGCUGCUUUUACAUGUUUAUUGAUAAUCUGGUGGUCAGUCUAUAUGGAAAAUAUUUUUAGCUUUAUCCAGUUUGUCAAGUUGAACAAACUCAGGUUUUUAGCAACAAAUUAAAGGUCAGUCUGUAAUGUAAAUGAAUAACAUAGCGAGAAUCAACGGGGUUUGGUCUUAUACAGUGUUUAAGUUUUGUUUUAAAUCACUAAGAUGUAGAGUCAUGAUUAUUCAAUGGAAGUUUUCCAUUUUUAUAUGAGAUAGAAUGCUGAAUCGUGGGACCUUGGAGGUGUUUUUACAAAAAAAGAGCAUUGCCUUACACUGGCCUUGAUGUAAAUGUGUAUGUUAAAUGUUUGGAAAUUGAAGGGACAGGAAUGACACUCCUUUUGUUUCCUCUUGUCUAGCUAGUAUUUAAUACUGCAGGUUAGAUAGCUUUGAUUUUAUUCCCUUGUCUGUAUAUACUUCACAUUUGUUUUUACAGAAAGAGACGGCAUGUGUUUCCACUUAUCAGUGCUAGUAAUGCUACAGACGAGCACUGUGAGUGUCAAACAAGAUAUGGUUUGUUUCUCAAUUUUACUCAACGCUAAUUAUAUAAAGAGCAGUUCAAAUAGAAACCUUAAAAAAGUUGUUUCAGCCAAACUGUUUCACUGCUCUAAAUAAAUGCACAGUGUUUACUUUAAUAGCAAAAUUUACAACUGGAAUUAUUGUUUUUGAUGUAAAAUAAGCGUUCAGGGUGUGGAUAUUUUUAAGCACUGUACAAAUUUACCCACACUCCCUAUUCACCCAGAUGGGAUGAUGCAGAUAUGAUCAGUGACUUCAGUUAAAAUAACAUGUACUGUCGAUCUGUACCACAUCAAAUAACCUGGGCACCUAAAAAUGACGUCUCCAUACAACAAAAUGUUUUUUAAUAAGGGGGAAAAUGUAUUGUCAUUUGGGUUGUGCUUGUUUUUGACUUAUCACAAAUACAUUUGAACAUUGAGUUUUUUAACAUACUGUACGUAGCUGGCAUACGUAACUCAAGUUAAGGAAUAAUCAUGCUUAUUAUUUAACUGAAACGAUGAUCUUUCACUCAAAUGAACCAAGUAGUUUUGUUUCAGUUCCAAACAGUAGCUGCAUGUUUACAGCUGUGACCACAAUCGGAGUGAAAAUACCUCAAAAUUUUAUUAAGAAUGCACAGGAUUUGUACAAAGUUUGGAAAAGGCUUUGUUUUAACCAUACAGGAUAUGCCUUUAUUUGAAUAUACUCCUUGAAAAAUGUUUUUUUUAAUUUUUUAAACCAAAAAAGUCUUUUAAUAUUUAAAAUAAAAUAAUCCUUUGUUUGUUGCCUGCUGGGGUCUCAGAGUUUAGACAUUUUUUCACAAUAUUUUGCAAUUACAUUUAUAGUAAUAACUUGGAUGUGUUAUUAAAGGCUUCGAGAGUCUGGACAUUAUGGGUUUAGGUAACUUGCAAGUGCUUGAAAAAGCAGUACGAACACUUUAUGAGAUUUUGAUGUAUGGGAGCGUCAUUUUAGAUGGACACAGAGGAAACAUGGAUGCAUUUUGUGUCUGAAGAUUUGUUCUCAUUUAGAGUUAAAGAGGGGAAUCGGGGGAAUCUGAAAUGAUCACAUUCCAUCUUUUUAUUCUACUGAUGACUGUUUCAUGGGGACUUGUUGGCAAUAGUCUGUAUUGUAAAAUAGAAAAGUUUUUUCCUCUGCAAUAUGCUUCAAAUGACUUUGUACUGUACUUUUUUUUGCUCUCUAUGUCUCAAUUUUAGAGACGGUUAACUGAAACAAAUUGAAAAAUAUAAUCCCCAAAUUAUUUUUUUUUCUUCUUCUUCUUCUUUUAGAAUGUGCCUAGUUUACCACACUAAUAAUAAUUAAUGUACAGUGUCAAGUAUGAUUUUCAUGUAUAAAGCAGGUUUGAGAAUCCAUAGGAUGUCUCAGCACAGUCUGUGGGAAAACUGCAUUUAAUGUGUGAUUUGUCAAAGAUUAAAUGAUAUGAAAACGGG